AUGCCCCAUGUAACAAUACUCCCUCAAGACCUAAUCGCCGAAAAAUCACUACACCAGCUCUAUACCUGCAUUGUCUACUCAUGUAUCGUAUUUGCCAGCACUCAUUUCGCCAGAUGGAUCGGACAGACGUAUCUGGACGCUGACUUGGAGUGGAAAUUCAACGAGUUGCUCAGUACGUUGGCGAGAUGCUCGUGUCUCUGGUCAGAAGGAAUAAUCCUUGCCCACUACGGCUACAUCGCAAUGUUCAUCACAAUCGUGAUCCACCGAAAACUCGCCGAGUGGCUCCACAACGGCGCCGGCGAAAACGCAUCAAUUCUCGUCGAAGAGGGCGUCGCUCGCGAUCGAAUGUUCUUCGGCGAUCGUCUUUGGCUCACCGUUAUUCAAAUGUUCACCGCUCUCUUCUCUUAUAUUUAUGCAGCGGAAAAUUUUGGAUACGCGGGCAAAUUGACUGGAUUCCCUGCGUUGGGCAAAUUGUGUCUGUUGAAUGAGACGAUUUCGCUGGUUUUGGUGGGCGUGGCUCAGUUUGUGGGCGCUUUCUCAUUGAGAUUCGUUUUGCAUCGAACGGCGACGCCGGAGUUGAAGAAGUAUCAAGCAGGCGUCUACGCGUUUUUCUUCGUUACAAGCCACUAUCUGACCGGUGUCACUGGUCUCGAUCCCAUCCUCUGCCUCGCAAUGGUCUACCCUUGUACCAUGAAACAGGAAAACAUAUUUAUGAAAUACCUUAGUAUCUACUUGUUGUGCGUCAACAGUGGAUACGCAAUCUCUGCUCGUCUAUGCGGUGAAUACCCACUGAGAAGCAUCCAUCGUGAGAGAUUCGAGGUUGCCGAGGAAGCUCGCAUCGCCGUAUUUUGUGAUAUUUACUUCUGUUCUUCUGGACAAUCAUUUAUUCAGUUCAAUGGAGCGCAGUUCAAAACUUACUCACUGAUACUCCUUCUCGCCGAACGGCGCGAGAACCCAUGGGAAUUUGAACGGGAAGUGUCUCUCAUGUACCGUCAGAAGAUUGUUGACAAUGAAGACGAGUUCGAAGUCAUCGUGCUUCGACUUGAUGGCAUUGUAGAGGUUUUGGAGAAGGGUGUUGAAAGAGGUGCAACGUUUGCUCCGCGGGUUUAUCGAGGUGAACACGAGGGCUACCAUCUGGAGAUUUAG